AACUCAGGCCCUUGCGCUUGCCAGGAAAGCGCUUAUUCUACUGAGCCAUCUCUCCGGCCCUGUUUUCUUAAUUAACAUCAUCCUCCACUUGAAUCAUUGUGACAGCCUGAAGAAUUUAGAAUUCUUCUAAGAAGAGGAGAUAACCAAACAGAAGUCUCGCUCUGUUUCCCAGGCUAGUUUCAAACUCGUGGGUUCAAGAGUCCCUCCUGCCUCAGCCUCCCAAGUGGUGGGGACUGUGGGCAUCCACCACUGUCUGGCCUGUGGAGAAGUCUGAAUGCGGUCAAGAAGCCAGAGCAUGUCUCUGAGCCCCAGGAGACCCGACUUCGCAUUUCUGAGCAAUGGCAGCAUCGCACCUGGGGCCUCCAAGCCCAGUGCCCCAGGGCCUCGAGAGGGUGACGCCUCUGCCGCGCAGCCUGGGCCCACCGAUGCUGUGAAAGCCAAAGCGCAUGCCAGCAACGGCUGCCUGCACCGCAACGGCAUGGUGAAGUCAUCCUUCCUGCCGCUGGACAGCCAGAGGGUGCCCCAGCCACUCGCCCAGCGCUGCCUCCCCUGCCCAUACCAUCACCUGCCCAGCAGCCACCUGGAGACCGGCCUCGCGGUGCCCUCCACGCUCGCCUCAUGUUGCUCAGAGCACUCCGCAGCUCUGUGUGCGAGCCGCUCGCCUGCGUGCCCGGCCCCGUGCUGCCUGCAGCCCUCGCCGUCCUUCUGCCUGCAUCAGCCGUGGCCUGACCAUUUCCAGCAGCAGCCGGCACCUCCGCACAUAGCCGGCCUCAGACCACCCAGACCUUUCAAGUUGCCAAAAAGCUACGCAGCCCUGCUAGCCGACUGGCCCGUGGUGGUCCUGGGCCUGUGUACCCUGCUCAUCGUGGUCUGUGCUCUGGUGGGCGUGUUGGUGCUGGAGCUGCCAGACUUCUCGGACCCGCUACUGGGUUUUGAACCAAGAGGGACAACGAUCGGCCAGAGACUGGUCACGUGGAAUAACAUGGUCAAAAAUACCGGAUAUAAAGCAACGCUGGCAAAUUACCCUUUUAAAUAUGCAGACGAGCAAGCCAAAAGCCAUCGGGAUGAUCGGUGGUCGGAUGAUCACUAUGAAAGAGAGAAGAGAGAUGUGGACUGGAACUUCCACACAGACAGCUUUUUCUGCGAUGUUCCAAGUGAACGAUAUUCCAGAGUUGUGUUCACCUCGGCGGGAGGGGAGACCCUGUGGAGUCUAUCUGCGAUUCAGUCCAUGUGCCGCAUAGACAACUCCAGGAUCAGAUCCCACCCCCAGUUCGGCGACCUCUGCCAGAGGACCACGGCCGCCUCCUGCUGCCCCAGCUGGACACUGGGGAACUACAUCGCCAUCCUGAACAACAGGUCGUCCUGUCAGAACAUCGUGGAGCGAGAUGUGUCUCAUACCCUGAAGCUGCUCCGCACCUGUGCCAAGCACUACCAGAACGGCACACUGGGGCCGGACUGCUGGGACGCGGCUGCCCGCAGGAAGGACCAGCUCAAGUGCACCAGUGUGCCGCGCAGGUGCACCAAGCACAACGCCGUGUACCAGAUCCUGCACUACCUGGUGGACAAGGACUUCAUCGCCCCCAGGACGGCUGGCCAUGCCCCCCCGGCGCUCAAGCACAGCAUGCUCUUCUCGCCCACAGAGAAGGGUAAGAGCAUGAUGAACAUUUACCUGGACAACUUUGAAAACUGGAACUCCUCGGAUGGCGUGACAGCCGUCACUGGGAUCGAGUUCGGCAUCAAGCACAGCUUGUUCCAGGACUAUCUACUGAUGGACACUGUGUACCCAGCCAUCGCCAUCGGGAUUGUCCUGCUGGUCAUGUGUGUCUACACCCGGUCCAUGUUCAUUACGCUGAUGACAAUGUUCGCCAUCCUCAGCUCCUUGAUCGUCUCCUACUUCCUCUAUCGUGUUGUCUUUAGCUUCGAGUUUUUCCCUUUCAUGAACCUCACUGCACUAAUCAUUCUGGUUGGCAUUGGAGCUGACGAUGCAUUUGUGCUGUGUGACGUGUGGACCUACACCAAGUGUGACAAGCCUCACGCCGAGACCGCAGAGACGGUGAGCACCGCCCUGCAGCACGCUGCCCUCUCCAUGUUCGUCACCAGCUUCACCACCGCCGCCGCCUUCUACGCCAACUACGUCAGCAAGAUCACAGCCAUCAGGUGCUUCGGCGUGUACGCAGGCACGGCCAUCCUGGUGAACUACAUCCUCAUGGUCACAUGGCUCCCGGCCGCGGUGGUGCUACACGAGCGCUACCUGCUCAACAGCUUCAGCUGCUUCCGGAAACCCCAGCAGCCGCUGUACGAUGACAAGAGCUGCUGGACGGUGGCCUGCCAGAAGUGCCACCAACUGCUCAUGGCCAUUUCCGAGACCUCCCGGAUUUUCUUUGAGAAGGUGCUGCCGUGCAUUGUCAUUAAGUUUCGCUACCUGUGGCUCCUGUGGUUCCUCGCACUGACGGUGGGCGGGGCCUACAUCGUGUGUGUGAACCCUAAGAUGAAGCUGCCCUCACUGGAGCUGUCGGAGUUCCAGGUAUUCCGCGCGUCCCACCCGUUUGAGCGCUACGAUGCAGAGUACAAGAAGCAGUUCAUGUUCGAGCGUGUGCACCAUGGCGAGGAGCUCCACAUGCCCAUCACUGUGGUCUGGGGCGUGUCCCCUGAGGACAAUGGCAACCCACUCAACCCAAAGAGCAAGGGCAAGCUGACGCUGGACAGCAGCUUCAACAUCGCCAGCCCUGCAUCCCAGGCCUGGAUUCUGCACUUCUGUCAGAAGCUGAGGAACCAGACCUUCUUCCAUCAGACAGACGAGCAGGACUUCACCAGCUGCUUCAUUGAGACCUUCAAGCAGUGGAUGGAGAACCAGGACUGUGAUGAGCCGGCCCUGUACCCAUGCUGCAGCCACUGGAGCUUCCCCUACAAGCAGGAGGUCUUCGAGCUGUGCAUCAAGAGGGCCAUCAUGGAGCUGGAGAGGAGCACAGGCUACCAUCUGGACAGCAGGACCCCGGGACCGCGCUUCGACGUGAAUGACACCAUCCGGGCCGUGGUGCUGGAGUUCCAGAGUGCCCACCUCUUCACUCUGGCCUACGAGAAGAUGCACCAGUUCUACAGCGAGGUAGACGCGUGGAUCUCCCGGGAGCUGCGCUCUGCGCCCGAGGGCCUCGGCAAUGGCUGGUUUGUGAGCAACCUGGAGUUCUAUGACCUCCAGGACAGCCUCUCGGAUGGCACGCUCAUAGCCAUGGGGCUGUCGGUGGCAGUGGCCUUCAGUGUGAUGCUGCUGACCACACGGAAUGCAGUCAUCAGUCUCUAUGCCAUUGUCUCCAUUGCUGGCACCAUCUUUGUCACCGUGGGCUCCCUGGUCCUGCUGGGCUGGGAGCUAAACGUCCUGGAGUCUGUCACCAUCUCAGUGGCCGUGGGGUUGUCCGUAGACUUUGCCGUUCACUACGGGGUUGCAUACCGCCUGGCUCCAGACCCCGACCGGGAGGGCAAAGUGACCUUCUCUCUGAGCCGCAUGGGCUCAGCCAUUGCCAUGGCCGCCCUGACCACCUUCGUUGCUGGGGCCAUGAUGAUGCCAUCGACCGUGCUGGCCUACACGCAGCUAGGCACCUUCAUGAUGCUCGUCAUGUGUGUCAGCUGGGCCUUUGCCACCUUCUUCUUCCAGUGCAUGUGCCGGUGCCUUGGGCCACAGGGCUCCUGUGGGCAGAUCCCACUGCCUCGGAAGCUCCAGUGCAGUUCCUUUACCCACACCCUGUCCCCAGAGCCUGGUGGCCAGAGCAAAGCCCGUCCUGAGCAUGCCUACCAUCUAGAGCCCCAGGACCAGAAGCCAGAAGGGGAGCAGGAGUUUUAUGAGUUGGAACCACUGGCAUCCCAAAACCAUGCUUCAGAGAAGAUUGUGCCAGAGGAGACCUACCUCUGUGCUGAGCUGCUUGGUAGCCCGGCGGGGCGCUCGGGGGUGCCCUGGCUCACAGCCUGUGCUGGGGAGCAGGGCCAGAGCUCCAGGGCAGACUCAAGCACUGCCCUGCUCCCACCCUGCCCCGAGCCACACCGUACGCACCCCUUCUUCUCCCUCAAUCAGCGGUGCUGCCCACACACCUACAGACUCCUGACUUGCAGCCCACACUCUUAUCAGCAGGGGGGUGACACCACGUGUGGCCACUGUUCCCCUGCUGCAGGCGGCAUUGUGCAGACCCAGAACAGGGUGGCGCCUCUGCAGGCCCCACAGCAGGCCCCUGAGGGCUUUGUGCAUCACCUCCCACACCUGCACCCGCACAACUGUCCCUGCCUGCAGGGAUGUGGGAAACCACCCACAAUGCAGAGCACCCCGCCUCGGAACUGCUGCCCCCACCAGGCACCACGUGUGCAGGUGCCCGAGCACUGUGGCAAGGCUGGUGCAACUGGCAGGCCAGACUCUGACCCCCAGGCCAUGGGGCAGUCACCACUGGCCUGCAGGGGCCUUGGCUGUGACCGGCCAGCACACUGCCAUGCUGAGAAUAACCAAAGGGGACUCCAUGGAGACAGGGACUUGGGACACAGGGAGGGCAGCAGGAGGACCAAAAGCAGAGUCUCCGGUCUACAGCAUCAGAAUGAUAGGGCCGAGGAGAGGGCUGAGCUGAGCCUGUCCCAGGCUGGUGCAGCUGGGGACUCAGGACAUUUCAGCCACAGUGAACCAGAACUCCUACUUAACCGUUUCCUGGGGGAGGCGCGUCGUGCGCCUGGCCCAGGCAGCCCGCAGAGCUGCCGCAGUACUGUGAGAGAGAGGCGCAGCUCCAUAGGCUGCCAGCCGCCACGCCUCGUCGCCACCGUGCCUGCUGUCCUGAUGCACUCAGAGCUCGCUGGGGAGAGCUUGUUAAUAAAAACACUCUAAUAAAUAUGGCCUUCAAC